CUGACGCAAGUCUUUAGAGUUCACCCUGAGUGUUUUGACUUUUACGAGUUCGUUCUUCUGCAAAUUUGUAGCCACCAUAAUACACGUUGCGACUUCUAGAAAUAUCAUACUGCAGUGAUAUAAACAAUUUUCAAUCUAUUAGACCGCAAAAUGGCAUCAUCGGCGGUCAUGGCUGGACUAGGCCUUGCAAUCAUAGGCUACACAGGUCGCUAUAUUUUACGUAAGGCACCCAACAUCACUGAACAAAUGGCGAAGGCUGUAGAAAUGCUUCCGAAAUUAGACGCACAGUCUUUGGCCAGUAGCAAAUAUUACAAAGGUGGUUUUGAGCCAAAAAUGUCUAAGCGGGAAGCGUGCUUGAUAUUAGGUGUUUCGCCUACUGCUAGCAAGCAGAGAAUUAAGGAAGCACACAAAAGGAUUAUGCUCGCAAAUCAUCCGGACAGAGGAGGCUCGCCAUAUCUAGCGGCUAAAAUCAACGAAGCAAAGGACUACGUUGAAUCAGGCAAAUCGUAGACUGGGUUUUGAAUUGAAAGUAAUUAGAUGUAACUUAUAAGAUUGGUUCUUUGUUUAAUAAACAUAGCAAAAACAAAUUCACGCAGA